GAAAAUGCACAAACACUUGAGUUAAAAUAUGAAUGUGCGUGUUUGUAAUGAAAGCUAGACACUUAGUGGUGAGGAAAAAACGGGAAGGUGGCUACAAUCGAUCGUCGAGAAAUAGAUAGGCAGGCUGAUGAAUCGAGCUGAGGAAGGCUGGGAGAAACAGAGUGAUGGCGCUGAGGAGAGCUCUACACUUUGUGUUUAAAGUAGGAGACAGGGGCAAGACAGCUGUCUUUUACAGGGAUGUCCUCGGUAUGAAGAUUUUACGCCAUGAGGAGUUUGAAGAAGGUUGUAAGGCGACAUGUAAUGGACCCUAUGAUGGAAAAUGGAGUAAAACCAUGGUGGGCUUUGGUCCAGAGGACGAUCACUUUGUAGCAGAGCUGACAUAUAAUUAUGGGGUUGGAGAAUACAAACUUGGCAAUGACUUUUUGGGUUUCACCAUACAGUCAAGUAAAGCUGUUGGUAAUGCCAGGAGGAUAGGCUGGCCUCUUACUGAAGUUGGAGAAGCUCUAUACUUAACAGAAGCACCUGGUGGAUAUAGAUUCUAUCUCCUGGACAAGGAUCAGCCAGACAGUGAUGCGGUUCAGAAAAUCACCUUGGCUGUGUCUGACCUUCAGCGUUCUGUACAUUACUGGUCCUCGCUGCUGGGGAUGAAAGUGAUAGAGAAGAGUGAGGAGAAGAAAAGUGUACUGAUGGGAUUCUCAGACAGUCAGUGCAAACUGGAACUACAAGAUAUCAGGGCUUCUGUGGAUCAUGGAACUGCUUUUGGAAGGAUUGCAUUCUCUUGCCCAAGAGAACAGUUGCCUAAUAUUGAGGCUUUGAUGAAAAAGGAAAACCAGAAGAUCCUCACACCCCUUGUCAGCCUGGACACUCCGGGGAAGGCGACUGUGGAAGUGGUUAUUCUAGCUGAUCCUGAUGGACAUGAAAUUUGCUUUGUGGGAGACGAAGCUUUUCGCCAGCUGUCUGCCUUUGACCCCAAUGGAAAUGAAUUGCUUGAUAAGGCCAUGGCUGCUGAUAAAAGCGAUGAAUGGUUUGCCAAGCACAAAAAGCAGAAGGCGUCUGCAUAAAGUCUUUUGAGGCCUGUGGAGAAGUCAAAAUAGAAAAAUAAUUAUGAUUUAUUAAGGUCUUGGAUUUCUUUGUUGCAAUAUCUGUGUGUCUAGCUUUAUAUGUAUAUAUGUUGACACAGAAGCAAUCUGUCUGCACAGAGAUUUGUAUUUGGGAAUAAAAUUAUACAGAAACAUUAAAAAUGCAAGUGCCAAAAUA